AAAAUAAGUUUGCUUCCAAUUGUGUUGUAUCAUAAUUUUUUCUUCUUAAGUUAUCAAUUUACAUUUUAUUCAGACAUCCAAGUUUUGCACUCAAAUUUUGAUUACAACGCUCUUAAAAUUUGACUAAACCCCAUGAUUAUUAGCUUGGCUGAUAAUUUUCAGUGAGGUUUUAAGAUCUGAUAUGAUUUUGGUUGUGGGAUUGUUUACCAACCCUUCAUUUUUUACUUCUUUUUAAAGCUGACUGUACAUAUGAUCACCAACCAGAAUUAUUUAAUAUAAAUAUAUAUAUUUACCAAACCUUCAUUUUGACUGUCAAUUUUAUUUAUUUAUUUUUUGCAGAGAAGAAGAAUUUGAGUAUUAAUUGUUGUUGGUGGAGGGUUAGAAUGCAAUAUGCAAAGAAGAGCUGAUCGUGUAUGAGUGGUCAUUGGUGGGACUACUCAGUAAGAAAACAACAACAGCUACUUACAGCAGAAGAGCUCCAUUGGAUCUUUAUGUAAGCUUCUCUCUCUUUCUCUGUGUUCUGUGGGUUUCUUACGCAUUUUGAGUUUCUGGAUCGAAUAUGUUGAAGAGAAUUGUGUUAGUCUUGCUCAUUGGGUUGCUGGCAUGGGCAUAUCAGAACAUCCGACCUCCGCCUCCUAAAAUUUGUGGCUCCCCAGGUGGUCCACCCAUCACAGCUCCUAGAGUGAAGCUGAGGGAUGGAAGGCAUUUGGCCUACAAGGAGCAUGGUGUGCCAAGAGAAGUUGCCAAAUAUAAGAUUAUCUACGUUCAUGGCUUCGGUUCUUGCAGACAUAAUGAGCUGAUAGUAUCAAACAUGUCUCCGGAAGUUGUCCAAGAGCUAGGUGUUUAUGUUGUGUCUAUCGACAGACCCGGCUAUGGAGAAAGUGAUCCCGAUCCUAACCGAACACUGAAGAGUUUGGCUUUAGAUAUAGAAGAGCUUGCUGAUCAGUUGGGACUUGGAUCCAGAUUUUAUGUGAUUGGAUUUUCUAUGGGUGGCCAAGCUGUCUGGGGUUGCCUCAAAUAUAUCCCUAAUAGGCUAGCAGGAGCAACACUAGUUGCUCCUGUUGUGAACUACUGGUGGCCAAGUUUUCCUGCAAAUUUGUCCACAGAGGCCUACUACAAACAACCAGCUGGGGAUCAAUGGACACUCCGGGUUGCUCACCAUAUACCAUGGCUAAUCUAUUGGUGGAACACUCAGAAAUAUUUUCCAGCUUCCAGUGUUAUAGCUCAAAACCUUGAAAUUUUCUCACCUCAAGAUUUAGAAAUUCUUGUGAAGAUUUCUGGUCCUCAGAGAGAGAAUUACAAGUCUCAAGUGAAGCAGCAAGGAGAAUUUGAAUCCCUCCAUCGAGAUAUGAUGGUUGGAUUUGGUAAAUGGGAUUUUGAUCCCAUGGAUCUCGAGAAUCCUUUCAGUAACCACGAAGGUUCUGUGCAUAUAUGGCAGGGUGAUGAUGAUAGGCUUGUGCCAGUUACACUGCAAAGGUACAUUGUCAACAAACUUCCAUGGAUUCACUACCAUGAGAUACCACGUAGUGGACACAUGUUUCCAUAUCUCGAUGGCAUGAGUGAAGCCAUCUUAAAGGCUCUUGUAUUUGGCGAGAAGUAGUCUACUUUUGGUUGGAGUGAGAUGUUCUUUUUGGUUUUCUUACUCUACUUUGUUUGAUUUUCUAUUUGAUAUAUAUUUGAUUUUGAGAGAAGAGACUGCAGAUUGCAGGUAUUGUUGUACAGUUUGGUAGUUCUAGAGAUGUACUGGGACAGAGUAGCCCCAAAAAGAUUCUAUUAACAACUGAAAGCAUUCCCACCACUGAUUGCACGUUGGGAAAUGCAGUUUUCUCAAAAUGUCAAACAGUUUGCAUGAAUGCUAGAGAAGUUAUGAAAUUCCAUUUGAAAUGCUUGUUUUCUA